GUUUUGGCACAGUCCCCACCAAUAACGCUACAAGUGAAUGUUUCUCUGCCGAAAGCUGACCGAAAUCGAUAAAAUGUUUGGAAAACUAUCGGAAGUUUUGCAAACGGCGGCCGACGUGCUUGCACCACCACCAACAGCACUGCAAGACUUUGACUACCACUACCGAAUGGUGAAAAACUUUUACAUCGCCGAUAAAACCCUCCCAAAGAUACACAUCAACGACACGAACAUUCCUACGCACCUGGACCAGAUGCUGCAAAUAUUGAUACGAGAAGAGCAACGAUUAGAAGCGCCCGGGAAAGCGGACACCCUUGACGCAUCGUCGAGCAGCACGGAAAUGUCUCAGAAAUCCAAUCCGCCUGCACCGAAGGCAGAGUGUAUGGAGUUUGUGCUAAGCAAUCGACCGCUCGAUGUACUGAUCGAGUUUGCCGUCAACGAUACACCGCCCGGUGCGCGCUACAUUGUGCUGAACUGGGUCCGGCGGUUUCUUUCCUGCUUAAAGUGUCCCCCAUUAGGUCAUGCCAGCAUUUUCCAACCCGUACAAAGGCUGGUGGAAAUCUGCAACGGUACGUACGCUUCGCCGUACGAACGGGAGGAAAUUUUGUUCCUCGAAACGGUGGCCGGACUUGUACGGAAGGAUUCGAUAUUGGUCAAUUUGUUCCUAAAGUCUCACCACCAUUCCGCACAAAUGUUGGCCAACUGGAAGGGACUGGGCGUGAAUAAGGCACCAGUUAACAAUCCACUGUUUGUAAGCACAAAAAUUGAGUAUGAUACGCGGCGAAUAUCGCUCGUAGCGGAGGAGGAUGGAGAAGACGGCCCAUCAGCUAGUAAUGAGGCUGGCCGAGUGGAACAUCAAACGUCCCUUGAAAGUACCAUCGGCGUGGGAGAGUCGGAAAGCUGUGAUUGUGAUGAGGAAGAUCAUUUUAGUCUGUUCGAUGCGAUAGUCAGCUACUUGGAUAGUGCGGAUAGCACAAUAGUUGUACGGGCGUGUGAAGGUGUGCUUAUACUGGCCUCACUACCGACGCUACAGCAAGCCUGUAAAGCGAUCCGGAACACGAUCAGUCGGUUCGCCACCAUGAUGGCUGGUCGGCUGGCAUCCAACUGUCAGCAAAUACCGGAAGACAUGGACACGGGUGAUAUCGAAGAUGCCAACGUAACGUGGGGACUGUUUCCAAGGGAUCCGGAACAGCCGCACUACAUUGGACGCUACCAGCUAACGGCUUUCCUCUGUUGGCUGGAUUACUGUGAUUGUUUGCUGAAGGAAAGUGCACUGCUAGUACCGGAGCUCGGGCCCCGUAUUCGGGACGAAAUGCUGAUUAACUACGUUGAACCUGCGUUGGUAAGCUGUUACGCUCCCUUUAUGCUGGUACUAACGGCCAAAAUUAUCAAAAAAACGCAAUCGAAAGCACUGCUUGAUGAAAUUGCCAACUGGCUGAUAGGUGAGGAUGAGCUGAUGGACGUGAACAACUGUUUGCUAACGAUAUUGAUAGAAAAUGCACACGAAAAUACGGACAUCCUUCUACCAACGUUACAGUUCGUUGAGUCAUUGCUGGAUAAUCCACAUGAAAAGAUUCUACACGGAAUGCUUUUCUUCUACAUUAACAACCGAGGCUAUUACGAUGGGAACUCGCAAACCAUCCAGUCGUGGUCGGACGAAGAAGACAACCGGGAACGACGGCGAGGCAGUGCAGAAGAUCCGAUCAAAUCACGCACCCUGGCUCCAAGCAAUAUAUUACGAGUUAUCAACCACUUCCUGUUGCUACUGCCAAGGCAAAUAAUUAAUGACGCCGGUGGUAUUUGCUACGAAGAAUACAUGCAAGACGCUAACCGCCAUUACCAGACAUGGAUAAAGAAAACGCACGGCUUUAGCUGGCCCGUCGAAGCUAUCUGGCCAAACAGUGGCGAAUCAUCACCACUUGCCGGCACCAGUGUUGAACCGGCGACGUUGUCUACCAGCACCAGUACCGGCCUCAUGACGGUCGUUCCCCUUGCCCCAAUGAAGCAAUCAAAGAAACAACGAAUCAAAAACAGUACCGACAGUCAGUCAAGCUUCGAUCUACAAACGUGCGGUGACAGUGGCAUAUCGGAGGAAAGUUUCUACGAAGGCCCGCUACUUAAGCUACUGUUCUCACAUGUAAAGCAGAUGAACGCACAGCCGUACGAACUGAAUCUAGCCGUGAUAGCGAUCCUGUCCAAGUUGGCACUUUUCCCGCACCCGUACUUGCACGAAAUUCUGCUCAAUCCAGAAAUUCCGGUAGCAGCCGGCGCAACGACGCUUUGGUCGGUGAUGCAAUUUCUUGCCCGUCAGCUACUGAGCGAAAUUCCGCGCGUAGAAGGAUUUCAGGAAAAGAUAAAGGAAACUGGACGAAGAUUACUUUCCAAUCCACCGCUUUACCACAGAGACUGUGAAAAUGGAGAAUCUACCACGGGACUUACCGAUCCGUCGUUGGGUAUGCCGAUCGAAGAGGAGGACGAAAUUAACGAUCCGUUGUUCGAAUCGAUCGUUGUGUUGGAAGAGUUUUGCAAAGAGUUGGCAGCGAUCGCCUUCGUCAAGUACCAUCAUGCGAAAGAGUAA